CCAAAAAAGAAGUCGCUUUGACAACGAUUGCUUCUGCCUUAACCCAUUCCUCAUACAGACAUUACUAGUUGUGCAGAGUGAUGUUUAUAUACAUGCUAGCUAGGUAGCUGGUGUGCGACCGAAUUUUUUAACAGUUUGAGUAACAUAUGAAUUAUGUUUGGAAUUAAUACAUACUCAAGAGUAAAACAAUGUCUAGUUCUUCAGCAUUACGCGAGCAGUUGUAUGGCUAUGAUGAAACGGAGCAGCGGCAGUGUCGAACUUGAUCCUCAGCAUCGAGUCCAUCAUUUGAACUGCGAGCGCCGUUCUGUCUCAUCAGUUUGUCAUGACAGAAGAGAUUUUCACACUUCUUCCAAGUGUGCUGGUAAAAACUUAUUGAGGAAGUUUGUCAACAAAACAAAAAAGAAGCUCUGGUAUGAAACACCGCCCCAGGGGCCACCGUCCAGUCAGCACAGUGCUCUGAAGCCACCUAAGAAACGAAGCCAAGAGGACAACAUGCGCACCAGAGUCCUCAACUCCAUCCUGUACAAGGCCAUCACUGAUCUACUGAAGCGUCUGCUAAAUGACUUAAAUGUAAAUGUAAAUGUAGUGGAAUCAGGACAGCCCACCACAUCUAAAAAACCUGUGCUGUUCGGGGUUGACCACGACGCGCUCAACAAACAGAUCCUGGACUACAAACUGAGGGUCAAAGACACUACCUCAAACACCCUGGCACCAGAGCUCACAAUGCAGCAGCUGGAGGUGCUGGCAGAAUACAGGAAGCAGAAGAUAAUGGAGAAGAAGAAGAAGUCUAAACGGCCCGUUGAUGAUGACAUCACUCCUAAGGAGUACCUUCUGUCCAGGCACAGCCAGGGUCAGGAGAGGGAGGAGGAGGACGGCCGGGCAUUCAGCCAGGAAGACGACCAGGUCCGAGAACUCAUGGCUGAGGAGAGCAGGAAGUCCUAGAUCCUUAGUUGAAAAGGUGAAAUGCCAGUGACGAAACAUCACAACUUGUCGGUUAUCAUCUCCAUCACAGACCUUCCUAUUCGGAAGUCCAACUUGGGAGAGUCGUUCCAAGUGGUUUGUUUCGCCGUCGGAACCUUGUAUUUCUCACUUCCGAGGAGCAUUGGAAGGCAACAUGAAUGACCAGUGUUCUGGAGAUCCCCUCUCCUUACAUGUGUGUUUUGGUAGUUUUGCACCAGAGAUGAGACAUGGGUGAAUUGUUCAUGUCAAUAAACACUUUCAAAGGUA